AUGUUCACGUUUAAUUUCUUACCAGAAGAAGGAAAAGGAGAGACUUCUGCCAAGGAGGAAGCGGUCGGCGCCAACACUCCAGCAGUGGAAGAUGAUGAGGUGACGCACCCGUUUGUGCUUUGGAAGGAAUCCGACCUGGAAUCCUUUCUGGAAAAACGAGCCAGUCAAGAGAUUGUCUACCAAGACAUUGAGUUGUUUCCAUCUCAAGAAGAUGAUAGUGAUGAUGACAAAAAUAGUGAUGAUGACAAAAAUAGUGAUGAAGAUCAUCCACUCCGUCGCGUGUGCAUGGAACAGUACGAAAAAGAAAUCAAACCGGGAGUCUACGAAGGAGGUUUGCAAGUUUGGGAAUGUAGUUUGGAUUUGAUUCGAUACUUUCAAAAGGAAAGAAUUGGUUUGGCCAAAGGCUCCAGUGCCUUGGAAUUGGGGUGUGGUCAUGCCCUGCCAAGUUGUUGGUUGUUACGAGAAGCUAUACGAACCCAUGGUAGGACAUCACAAGAACAAGAACAAUCUACCACUGUCGUGUUUGUGGAUUACAAUGAUUAUGUCAUUGAAGAUGUGACACUCUCCAAUAUUAUUCUCAAUACGGGCCAUUUGCUGCCUAAUGUAAAACAAUUGGCGCAAUGGAUCGAUGUUGGUGCGGGGGAUUGGCAUGACAUGUCGUCACACUUUGAGGGUCGAAGGUUCGACUGUAUCAUUGCUGCGGAAACCACCUACACACCGCAAGCCGCCAAGGAUACCGCCCAACUGUUGCUCCGUCACUUGACCAUUGACGCUGGAAUUGGCUGGGUGGCAUCCAAACGCUAUUACUUUGGCGUGGGAGGUGGAACGGAUGCACUACGGGAAGCCGCACAGACGUUGCAGGGAGACGAGUAUAGCUUGCAGGUGGAAACGGCAAGUGUGGUGGAUAGUGGUGCGGGCAAUAUUCGUGAAAUUCUCAAAGUUACGUGUCAUCGUCGUCGUGACAGCAACACUGGCACAGCCAAAUAG